GACUCUAUCAUAAAUUCAUCUAGGAGAAGAGGGAAACAUUAAAACCACAUUGGUAGGAAAAAAUCAGUUUGCUUAAUACAAAUAUAAGAUUUCUAUUUAAAAACUUGGUGGUCCUUUGAUACAAUAAACGAUCAUGUACUGUAACUGAUUUUUUAGAGCAGUAUGUUUGCAGCAGCUACAAAAAACUUUGUGAAACAGGUUGGAGAUACAGGAAGAUUAAUUCCUGUACCCAGUCUGAGUGAAGCAGACAGAUAUCAGCCCCUCAGCUUGGUAACCAAGAGAAAGAAGACUUAUUUUUGGAAGAAAACUAAGUAUUCCUCCACCCCUUUCUCUUUGAAGGAUAUACUUGUGGGAGAAAAGGAGAUAACAGCAGGUGUUUCAUCUUAUCAAUUGCUUAAUUAUGAAGACAAGUCUGAUGUAUCGCUGAAUGGCAGACUGGGAAACCACAUUAUUAAUGAUGUCGGCUUCAACAUAAGUGGAUCAGACUCUGUUGCUGUAAAAGCCUCAUUUGGAAUUGUAACAAAGCAUGAGGUGGAAGUACCUACUUUGCUUAGAGAACUCAGUUCCAGAAAAGUGGACCUUGAACAUUGCCUGAUUCGCCAGUCAAAGGGCAGCGGGCGAGCAGUGCUGUGUGUCGUUAUGGAAAGCAUCCGGACAACCCGUCAGUGCUCACUUACUGUACAUGCAGGAAUGCGAGGAAGAACCAUGAGAUUUCAGAUUGAUGAUGGCCGGAACCACAAGGGCCGUGACAAAGCCAUUGUUAUCCCAGCUCAUACUACAAUAGCAUUUAGUAUAUUUGAACUAUAUAUACAAUUGGAUGGUCACCUUGACCUGUGCGUCACAUCAGAGUCAACAGGAGGCUUUGAAAAAGAGCAAAUCCGUGAGCAGCUUGGAGGCUUUCUUGGAAGAUUCUCAGUGGGAAGACUGAGAAGGUUUUUGUCUGGCAUUGUUUAUGGGAACCCAUUCCGAGCAGAUGAUAGAACAUUUGAUGAAAUUACCAAUUCAGACAUGUAUCUGGAAGAUUUGGCUGCUGACUAUUAUGAAAAAGCCACCAGCAUGACAGACAUCUCCACCAGCUACCUCAGAGAAGGCUCACAUACACGCAUCAAUCUCCUUAACAAUAAUAUUCCCAAAGGACCAUGUGCACUCUGUGGGAUGGGAAACCUGAAACGGGAGACAGUGUACGGAUGUCUUGAGUGUUCCUUCAAUGGAAAUAAAUAUGUAAGGCUGCAUGUUGUGCCUUGCUUUGACCUCUGGCACAAAACAAUGAGGUAAAUAUGUAUUAGUGCCUAAAAAACAAGCUGAAACUGUGGUGCCACAUUGUUUUCAAAAUAAAAUCACAACUAAAGCAUUGACUGCAUAGUUUGGUAUUUGUCAAUAUUUAAGAAAAUUAUUACUGAAAUAGUUAAAAUAUGGAAAAUAGAUGCAUAAUGCAAAGAAACAGCAAGACAUAUUAAAUAAAUAAACAAAUCUCCCCUCAUGAAGCUCAAUUAGCAGAUAAAGGUUUGUGAGAAAAGCAUCUGGGUGACUCACGAGACAGCAACAUAAGAAUUUUGUUAUUAAUAAUUCAGCCUAAAACAUUAACAAUUUAAAGGAAGUAUCAUGUUUAACUCACACUACAAAAUCACUAACUAGGUUCAGGAAUACAAGAGAAGAAGAGUAAUUUUGACAUUUUUUGCAAUGAAUUGAACAGGAUUUGAAUAAUAUGGUUAACGGCGUGUUUUUGUGAAAAUUUAACAUAACAUUACUUCUACCUGAAUAUUAAAACUAUACUAUAUUAUAAGUGUCAUUUUAUAAUACUAUCCUGUGGGUAGGAAGAGUAAUAGAGUCAUUAAACUUAAUGGUGUAUGAGCAUAUUCUGUUUUUCAACACAAUACAUUUUAUAACUUAUUUAACCGUAAUUUACCCAAACCCACUUACAGUACAAAUCAUAUAUAUAUAUAAAGUAAUAGAAACAGAUAUCAGAGCAAGAAAAGUGGGUAAAUUAUGCAUUAUAAUUCCUUGCGUAAAUAUCCUUGUUUAAAAAUAAAAUGUGGUCUAAUAUAGUAGUACAUGAAAGUUGAUAUACUUUGAUAGUAGUGUACCACAUAAGCAUAAAGUAUGGAGCAAUAUCUUUGGAAAACUAAAAAAUCUUAAUUGAAAAACCUUUCUCAACAUGAAACUAAAUGUGUACAAAGUGAAUUCUAUUGCCACAGCUACAUUAGGCACAGAAACAUGGUAAGUACCCAAGAAGGAGAAAGACAAAUGUAAUGAAUUACUUACAAGGAUUGAAAGAUUAAUACUGAAAUUAGAAAAAAGAGUGUUUUCACAAUCCAUGCAUAAGAGAGCACAUCAGUGGUUGGGCAACGUUUUUUGAAUUAAUAAAAGUGUCUCAAGUACAGCCUCAGAUGCAAGCCACAGAAUACAGAAGACAGAGGAGAGGGACACCCAGAACAAUAUGGAAUAGGACAAUGUCCAGCAAUUCAGAAAUGACAAAUAUAUAAUAGAAAGAACUGGAGACUGGAAUGGUUGAUUGACGAAGAUGGGUAAUGUGAGUGGUGAGACUAAUAUUGCAGUUAUCUUACCAUUCAAGAAAAAUAAACUUCUAUAUUUUGUUAAAUACUGAAUGUACAGUAUCUGUAGUUUUUAUUUAAAUUUUAUACAUAAGAUUAGUUCAGGUGAAACCUGAGAUAUACUUUUGUAGCUACAC